AUGACGACGGUGAGCUGUCCUCGGUCACACCGAAGCAGAAAGGCGGCACAGAGAACGGAAAAGCAGAGCAGCAGCAAAUGGUGGGAGAAGAACAACUCCCGCGUCAAGCUCGCCAUCAAGAGCCUGGUGACUAAAGGCACUCUAGCGCAGGUCAAAGGGACCGGCGCCUCCGGCUCCUUCAAGCUCAACAAGAAGCCAGCCGAGACCAAGAAGAAGCCCGUCAAGAAAGCGGCUCCUAAAGCCAAGAAGCCCGCUGCUGCCAAGAAGCCCGCUGCUGCCAAGAAGCCCGCCGCUAAGAAAUCACCCAAGAAGGCCAAGAAACCCGCCGCUGCAGCCGCUAAGAAGGCGACGAAGAGCCCCAAGAAGGCAAAGAAGCCGGCAGCGCCCAAGAAAGCAGCCAAGAGCCCCAAAAAGACGAAGCCCGUCAAACCCAAGGCGGCUAAGCCUAAAGCUGCCAAGCCUAAAGCUGCCAAGCCUAAGAAGGCAGCCCCCAAGAAGAAAUAA